GCGCAGCAGCCUCAGUACCAGGCAGUGCUCUCCCUCAGUACGGACUGGAUAGACAGAUAGAAAGAGGAGGAGGAGGAGGCUCACACAUUCAUGCUGCCGCCGCCGCUCCUCCUGCCUUUGUCGAGCACGGAGCUGUACCGAGGCCACUCAUAAUCCAGUGGGAUUUUCUCUUGAUUUUUUCCUCCUAAUUAAAACCGACCAUCUUUUAUUCUACGGAUUCCGAAGCGAGAGGGAAUAAAGGAGUGACGUACCAAUGUACCCGUUCCACGAGGGCAGCGGGCUGCUUUUGCUGCUGGUCUUAGCGGGACUGCAGAUUGCAGUGGAGGCCAGGGGUGCCCUACCAUGCAGGCCAGGCUUCUCUGAAGAUCUAUACACUGUCGUGGUGCCAGAUAUCGCAGAGAAAGGAUGGCCUCUUUUCCACGUGAAGUUUAUCAGCUGUGGUCGAGGCGAUCUGGUGCGGUUUGAAUGCAGUAAUCCAUCUGACUUUCGGAUAGAGGCCAACGGAGUCGUUUAUGCUGCAAGGACUCUUCAGGACACUCCAGUCCUCGCGUCACCUUUGCUGAUCACAGCUGUUGACACUACCACUCAGCAGCAAUGGAUGACCCGGGUCAAAGUGACGUUUCCCACACAGGUCCAGGAACGUGCUCUCCCUCCAGUUGUGUCCGAGAGUCUGAGGGAAAUAGCCUUUCCACCUCAAAAAGUGGAGAGCCAACUGAAACGCAUGAAGAGAGACUGGGUCAUUCCUCCAAUCAAUGUCCCAGAGAACUCACGAGGCCCGUUCCCACUAGAGCUUGUUCGGAUUCGAUCAGAUCACGACAAAAACCGCUCUCUGCGGUACAGUGUGACCGGCCCAGGUGCUGACCAGCCUCCAACUGCGAUCUUCACCAUUGACCCCAUUUCUGGAGAGUUGUCGGUCAACAAACCCCUGGAUCGGGAGCUAAUCUCUAGCUUCCAUUUGAGAGCCCAUGCUGUAGACCUGAAUGGCAACCAGGUUGAAAACCCAAUCGAUAUUAUGAUCAAUGUGAUUGACAUGAACGACAACAGACCUGAGUUCACCCAUCAAAUCUGGAAUGGCACUGUUCCAGAAGGCUCCAAGCCAGGAACAUUUGUUAUGACUGUAACAUCUGUGGACAGAGACGACCCCAAAACAGCCAAUGGUAUGCUUCGUUACAAGAUUCUGUCUCAGACUCCGGAGAGUCCGACCGCCAACAUGUUCACCAUCAACAAUAAAACCGGAGGCAUCAUUACAGUGGCAGCAGGCCUGGACAGAGAGAAAGUGCCUCAGUACACACUGAUCAUCCAGGCUACUGACAUGGAGGGCAACCCGACGUUUGGCCUCUCCAACACAGCCACCGCCGUCAUCAGAGUCACUGACAUUAAUGACAACCCCCCAGAGUUUACAGCAGAGAUGUUUUUUGGGGAGGUGCCUGAAAACCGCGUGAACGUUAUUGUGGCCAACCUGACGGUGACUGACAAGGACCAGCCAAACACACCCGCCUGGAAUGCCGUCUACAAAAUCACCGGGGGCGACCCCACUGGCAGGUUCUCGGUGCCCACUGAUCCGACUACUAAUGAGGGGCUGGUAACAGUUGUCAAGCCUAUUGAUUAUGAAAUCAGUAGAACAUAUGUGCUAACGGUGGAAGCCAGGAACGAGGUUCCGUUGGCCAGAGGCAUUCACCCUCCCAGGCAGUCCACUGCCACCGUCUCCAUCCGGGUAAUUGAUGUCAACGAGAGCCCUUACUUCGACCCCAACCCUAAACUAAUUAAACUGGAAGAGGGGAUGAUGCCAGAGUCGACGCUGACCACUUUUACCGCACAGGAUCCUGAUCGCUUCAUGCAGCAAUCCAUCAGGUACUCUAGACUCUUCGAUCCAGCCAACUGGCUCAGGAUUGACCCGAACACCGGUCGGCUCACGACCAUUGCCGUUUUGGACCGAGAGUCUCCUUACGUGAAGAACAGCUUGUACAAUGCCACAUUCCUGGCCACUGACAGCGGUAAUCCACCAGCAAGCGGCACAGGAACUCUCCAGAUCUUCUUGCAGGAUAUCAACGACAACGCACCCAAAGUGUUCCCUCAGGAAAAAGAGAUUUGUGAAAAGCCGGAGCCGAACGCCAUCAACAUCACCGCCGUGGAUGGGGACCUGAGCCCAAACGCCGGGCCUUUCGCCUUUGAGUUGGCUCACCGGCCGUCUGAAGUUAGAAGGAACUGGACUAUAACAAGAAUCAGUGGUGACUAUGCUCAGGUGAGCCUAAAGAUUGGCUACCUUGAAAGUGGCAUCUAUGAUGUUCCAAUCAUAAUCACAGAUUCAGGCAGCCUGCCCAUGUCCAACACCUCCUACCUGCGGAUUAAAGUGUGCCAGUGCGACAUUAACGGGGACUGCACCGACCAGCAACACAUCAUAGCUGCCGGUCUGGGGACGGGCGCCAUCAUAUCCAUCCUGCUCUGCAUCAUCAUCCUCCUCAUCCUGGUGCUGAUGUUUGUGGUGUGGAUGAAGCGGCGCGAUAAAGAGCGCCAGGCCAAGCAGCUUCUCAUCGAUCCAGAGGAUGAUGUGAGAGACAACAUCCUGAAGUAUGACGAGGAGGGCGGCGGAGAGGAGGAUCAGGAUUACGACCUGAGUCAGCUUCAGCAGCCAGACACACUAGAGCCCGACGCCAUCAAGCCGGUGGGAAUCCGGCGUCUAGACGAGAGACCCCUCCACCCUGAGCCACAGUACCCGAUGAGGACAGCAGCACCCCAUCCUGGAGACAUCGGAGAUUUCAUCAAUGAGGGACUGAAGGCAGCAGACAACGACCCCACUGCUCCUCCAUACGACUCCCUGCUAGUGUUUGAUUACGAGGGCAGCGGCUCCACAGCCGGCUCCCUAAGCUCACUCAACUCCUCCAGCAGCGGGGGCGACCAGGACUACGAUUAUCUCAACGAAUGGGGCCCUCGCUUUAGAAAACUGGCAGACAUGUACGGCGGAGGCGACGACUAGGCACAUCUCGAAGGAUAAAAAGAUUAAACAAGAAAAAACACAUGAAGAAAAGGAAAGAUUUUCCUGUUGAAGGACAGCUUCUGAUAUUCCCUGAGAGUGGUAGAACUGUGACUGAAAAGAUACAAAUAAUAAAACAUUGAUUCAGAAUUUCUUUCAAAAACAACCAACCUAGGCUUAUUGUUGUAGUCUCCGCAUACAUAUGCUGUUGAAAGCUUAGGCAUAGGCUGUGGUCCAGUUAAGGAGGAUGUUGGAGUGGGUGCUGGGGGACUGUCGCCACUCGGACUGGCGGUGUUGAAUGCGCUCAGUUAAACUUGAAUUUCACAGUACAGAAGCACUGGGAUAUAAUGUGCCUUUUUGUACAUUUGUUUUGGAUCUAAAUGAUUAGUUUUAUGUUCAAGGCUUUAAUGGUACUGACUUUUGGAGUGAUUUCAAACAGUAUGUUACACUCUGGUAUGCUUCUACAUGUUUCUUCUUUUUUUUUUUUUUUUCCUUUUUGUUACACAAUGCUCCUGUUUGAAAAUUAUUUAAAUAAAUCUAAGGAUGAUAGAACAUCUGUUAGCUUGGAUGGGGAGAAAAACGAUCGAGAGCAGCACUGUACAAUAUUCUAGACUUUUAGACUUUCUCACACACAAGAAAAUACGUAAAAUUAUGCAGCCGGUUGCAAAUAAAGGGAGUUAUAAAUCACAUUUUUGUAGCAGAUUUUCUUUAUUUUUUUCUUUUUUCACUUUUAUUUGAGGUGAUUUAAUAUUUUACAACAGCAGCAACCUGUUUUGGUCUAAUCUAUGUACACUUCUUUUGCCUUAGUCUGAUAUUUUGGAGUUUUUCCUUCACUGUAAAAAGAUGCGUGUACAUAAGUUUUUUUUUCUCUUUUCUUUUGAUGUAGUGUUACAAAGAAGUGCAAAGUUCCAAACUUGUAAAUGUAAAAUUUGAACAAACAAAAUUCAAGUUUUUUGCAUGUUUUUAUCUUUUCAUGACAACAAAAAUUUGAAAACAAAAAAAAUGUUGUUUCCCAAAUUUCUUUACAAAGUACAAAAAAAUAAAUAAAUAAAUAAAAUUCUGGGUGAUAAAUGUGUAGAAGUUACGAGUAUUUUGUAUAAAAUUCAUAAAAUCACGGUGAAAUAGAGGACUAGUGAUCUUGUCAGCACAACUGUUGAAUUUGUACCAAAAACGGAAAAAUCAUUCAAACUGGGAUGUUGGGUGGGAUGGUGGCAGUAACGAAUGAAUCAGCUUUAAGACUGGAUUAAAGGUGUUGAAAUGAA